AAUUUAUAAAAGAACAUCUAUAUGUCAAGAAUUCAUUAGAGUUAAGAUUAUAGUUCAUCACACUAAGUGACGAUGUUGAGAGAGGAUUUAUUGGAAGAGGAUAAAAUUAUAUAAUUUAGAAAAAAUUCUUUGCCGUUGAUGUCUGAAGAUUAUGGAAGACAAUAAAUUUAGAAAAAUAUAUUAAUAAAAAUGAUGGAGAUGGAGUUUGAUAUGAAUCUUACAGAGACUAUACUCAAUAGUAUUAGUGAUGUAGAUUUUGAAACACUUGAUGAGAAUGUAAUUUUAGAUAAGGUGAUAUAAGCAAUAUUUAUCAUAAAUGUAAAUACAUAAAUAAUAUGUAUUAUAAGAGCUAUAAAAAUGAAGAUUAGUCGUAAUAAAGAUAACGUAGAAGUGAACUUAGAGAACAAAUUGGAACAUUAAGUCCCAAUCUAAUGAGUUAUUUAGGAAAUAAAAGUUUAAAAGCAUCUUAAUAAAUUUUGAUUUUCGAAACUUGUGAAAUUUGUAUGGAAACUAUGAAUGAUUAAAUAAUUCUAUAGUGUGAUCAUAAAUUUUGUUAGUAUUAAUAUUAAAAUAAUAGAUUAUGCUUUAAAGAAUACUUAAUAGAUAAAAUUAAUAAUGGAUAAGUAGAUUAAAUGGUAUGUCCAUAAUAAGAUUGUAAUAAAUAAUAGACAGAUGAAUUUAUGGAAUCAAUUUUAGAACCAGAAAUGAUGUCUAAAUUAAAAAAAUUCAGAAAAAUAAAAUAAUUAUAAUUAGAUCCUGAUAUAGUUUGGUGUCCAAGAUUAGGUUGUGAAGAAACAUUGAAGAGAAAUUAAUCUAAAAGAUUAUAAUGUAAAUGUGGUUAAGAAAUAUGCCGUAAGUGUGGUAGAGAAAGACAUAAGGGUAAAAGUUGUAAUGAUCAAAUUGAUAAAGAUUUUAAAAAUACUAUUAAGAAAUUAAAGAUCUAAAAAUGUAAAAAAUGUCAAUCUCCAAUUUAAAAAAGUGAUGGAUGUAAUCAUAUGACUUGUAAAACUUGUAAAUAUGAAUUUUGUUGGUUAUGCAGAUCAGAAUAUACUCAUAGACAUUAUUCUUCUUAUAAUAUAUUUGGAUGUCCAGGAAUGUAAUUUACUCAUAGAGAUCCAUUUAAAUAUCCAAUUUUAUAUAGAAUAAUAGCAAUUCUUUUAAUAUUGAUAUUAGGACCCCCUUUAUUUAUUGUUGCACUUGUAUUGGGAUUUAUAAUUUUAGUUAUUGGAUUACCAGUUAUAUUUUAUAUGAAUUAUGUACCUUAUCAUCAAUUUGAAGAAUAUAGUUGUUGCAAAAAAACAUUUAUUAUUAUAUUCUUUAUUAUAGUUUGUCCAGCAACAUCCCCAAUCUGUUUUCUACUGGUAAUUUUAGGAAUUGGAGUGGCUAUAAUAGUUGGAAUACCUUAUUGCAUAUACUUAUUCAUUGAUUGGUUAAGAUAUGGAUGA